AUGAUUUUAACAAGUAUAACAUUCUGCUGUCUGAUGAUUGCUGUUCAGUCACAAGACCCAUUUUUUGGAAAUUAUUUUAAUCCAAAUCGACUAUAUUUUUCCGAUAAUUUUCCCUCAAUAGUCCCACUUUCAAUAGGUCGUGGUGGGAUAGACGAUGAUGCAUUACGAAGAGUAUUUGGGAAUGAACCACCGAGACAGACAAAACCGACGACCACAGUAGAGAUAGAAAAGAGUACUGAGCUGGCGUUUGGUACAAGUGUUGAACAAGUCGAUAAUUUUGGCAAACAAAAUAUAAUAAGUAGACAAAUAUCAACCCCAUCAAUACCGAGUAGACAGACAGCUCAGCAACUUGCUGUAGACAGACAAGACGGGCCUCAAAACACUCCAAACAGACAGGUCUUAGAAAGACAGCGACCGUACAAUGUAGCACAAAAUAGACCAAGAAUACCACAGGAGAGACCAGAGAUCUCUCUUGGAAGACCUACGGUAGCAAUACCACAAUCGGAAUUAAACAGACCUGCGGUUCAACAGAUAUAUUUGGGUGUACCAAAUUCAUUGCAAAUACCGAGAGAUCGGCCUAGCGUACCGGAGAUUUCUCUCAGUAGACCAUCAGUAGCUGUACCUCAAAGUGAGCUUCAAAGACCAUCUGCACAGUCAAGUUCCUCAACUUUUGACUUACCUGCCCAAUCUGCGGGUUUCAACAAUUUAUUGUAUUCAGUGACCAACUUCGGAGUUAAUUUGAUGAAGAAUAUUGAUACAGUACAUUCUGGUAAUGCGGUAGUGUCUCCAUUCUCAAUCACUUCACUCCUGGCUCUAUUGCAACAAGGAGCGUAUGGAGAAACUGAAGCACAAAUAACAAACGCACUGCAUAUGUCACGCGAGAGUACUGCUUCUUCUUAUGCUCGCGUUACUGGAGAUAUAAAAAAUCGCAGUUCCCGUAACGUUCUGAAAGUAGCAAACAAUGUGUUUAUAGCUGAUGCUUUUGCUGUGAAUAGAGACUUCAAAAACAGAGCGUCACAGAGUUUCUACAGCGACGUCUCACGCCUGAGCUAUAAUAGGCCCGAGGAAGCGGCUCGACAGAUCAACACCUGGAUAGCUUCCAGAACCAAUAACAAAAUCAACCAACUUAUUGCACCAGGUGCCCUAAGUAGCAACACGCAGAUGGUACUCGUGAACGCUAUUUACUUCAAAGGUCUGUGGGAGGUGCCGUUUAGAGUUGAAUCAACUGUGCCUCGGGAAUUCCAACUCAGUAGCGGACAAAUAAAAACGGCCCAGUUUAUGCGUACGCGCAGGAUGUUUAAGACCGGUAUGGAUCCGACUACUAAUGCUAGAGUUAUCGUGUUGCCCUUUGAGCGUGAAGAAUACCAUCUGAUGGUGAUCUUGCCGUCGCAACUGGUAGGAAUCAGGGGCACAAUAGCGUCGCUGACUGAUGCGAGGCUGCUGAGCUACCUGAGUUUCUCACCACUUGAUACUGAGCUUGAGUUGCCCAAAUUCACAGUCAGGGCUGACACAGAUUUGAAAAUUAUUUUACAAACCAUGGGCAUAACAACGCUGUUCAGCCGAUUUAGCGAAUUGGCCGGUAUUGGAUCUUAUCAAACCCAUUCACCGCAGAUAUCGUCAGCUGUACAUUCAGCCAUACUGUCUAUUGAUGAGCAGGGAGGCUCUGCAGCAGCCGCGACAGCUUUCGCAGCCGUCGCUUUAUCUUAUGACGAUCCUUCUGUGGUGUUCAAGGUCAACCGACCCUUCAUUGCCGUACUAUGGGACAACAAGAGCUCCCUACCCCUAUUCAUGGCAAAAAUCGAGGACCCCAUAUACUAA